CCAUGAACAGCAUGAAGGCGGUGCUGCUUUCUCUGAUCUUGGUGAUUGCAAUUCAGCUUGGGGCUGCUAUGACUCUGGCUCAAAUGAGGCAAGCCACCAAGCUGGUGAGGAACACGUGUCUACAGCGAACCGGCGCGUCUAAAGAUAGCGUCGAAAAAAUGCAGAUUGGAGAAUUUUCAGAGGAUCGCAAACUUAAGUGCUACACGAAAUGUGUGAUGAGCAUGAUGCAAAGUUUCAAGAACAACAAGCUGAACCCCGACGGAGCUAUGUCUAUAGCCCGGAAGCUUCUCCCGGACAGCCACAAGGAGAGGACCGUGGCUACUAUUGGCCAGUGCAGAGAAGCAGCAACAGGCGUGGAGGACUCCUGUGAGAUGUGUUUUGCAACUGUGAAAUGCAUGUACAACGCCGAUCCUGAGAUUUUUCUAUUUCCUUGAAAAAAGUUCCAGUCAGCAGGAAGUAUACAUUCUAGAAGAAUAAAGGAUUAUUCGGCUAUUCUUCCAUUGCAGUAAUGAACAACGGG